GAAAUAUGACUACCUAUAUGUUUUUCAUGUUUUAGGUUAAAAUUUAGUUAUGAAGAAUUGGAAUACAAAUAAAAUAUCCAGUGCUAUUAUAACUAAGCUUAUAAUUUUCCUUUAUGUUAUCAACUCUCAAUUUAGGUAUUCAAAAUGCUUGGAAUUCAGAGAUAUUCUGCCAGAGGAUGCAAAGCAAUAUGAUAAAAUGAGACCACCCAAAAUAGAUGGCACAGCAACAAAAGUUCAUUUUCAUGUUACGGUGAUGGGCUUAGAUUCAAUCGAUGAAAAUGCGAUGACAUACGCUGCUGAUAUUUUUUUUGCUCAAACAUGGAAGGAUCAUAGGCUUCGCUUACCGGAAAAUAUGACUUCCGAAUAUAGGUUAGUGUAUAUAAAAAUAUAUUAUGUAUUUCUUUAUUUUAUAUUGAACCAAUCUAAAGUUCUUCAUCUUUGUCAACGUUAUUGUAGUUGUACAAGGUUGGUACCUAUAGAUGUUAUAAAAGCUUAAAUGCCAUAUUAAAUACAGCACUAAAUAGUAAAUUGUACAGUAAAUACUAAAAUAAGUAAUAACUAGGGCUCCCGGCUCGG